CAAUGCGUGCAUCUAUCGUGGCUCUGCUGUCUGCUGCCCAGGCUUUCUUUGUUCGAACAGACACAUAGACAAUGUCGCACGCAAAGAAGGAUACAGCUCCGACGCGUGAAACAGCCGUCUUGCACCGCUCACUCACUUCGCUGCCACACCACGUGGUCUCGGCUUCUGGCUCUUCCCUCACCCUCGCCAAUGGACGCAAGAUACUCGAUUCCUGCGGUGGCGCCGCCGUGGCCGUCAUUGACUAUGGCAAUGCCGAAGUCAUAGAAGCUGCAGUUGCGCAGAUGCAUAAAGUGAGCUAUGUUCACACUAUGAAUUACACCACGAACGCCGCGGAGGAACUCGCCCGAUGCAUUCUCGAACCGCACCCUUCGUCUCCAAACUUCGAUCAUGGGCUAAAGAAGGCCUAUUUUGUGGGCAGCGGAAGCGAAGUCAACGACGCUGCUCUCAAGUUUAUGAAGCAGUAUUGGGUUGAGAGGGGCGAACCACAGCGAAAGGUUUAUGUUGCGAGGCGUCAAGCGUACCAUGGUGGAACAAUCGGAGCGAUGUCUAUCUCCGGUAUGCCGGCGAGAAAAGCGCCGUACGAUGGCAUUAUGAUGCCAAAUGUUGAGUUUGUGAGUGCGGCAGACGCGUUCCAUCUGAAAGGGGAGGACGAGACCGAGCCAGAAUUUGUGACCAGGCUCGUGAAGGAGAUUGAAGAGUUGUUCGAGAGAAUUGGCGCGGAGAAUAUCAUCUCUUUCACUGGCGAAACCGUCAGCGGAGCAGCAUUAGGCGCCAUGCCAGCACCCAAAGGCUACUGGCCCGCCGUCCGCGCUCUAUGCGAUAAACACGGUAUCAUUCUCCAUCUCGACGAAGUCAUGUGCGGUAUGGGUCGUACCGGGACCUACUUCGCCUUUGAGAAAGAAGGCAUCAAGCCAGACGUCGUGACUAUUGGCAAAGCACUCAGCAGCGGCUACGCUCCUAGUUCCGCCAUGCUGGUCAAUGACAAGAUGCUUGAUGUCUUUCGUAGAGGAACUGCGAGUUUUAAUCAUGGCCAUACGUUCCAGUCUCAUCCGAUGUGCUGUGCCACUGUGCUCAAGGUCCAGCAAAUCAUCAAGAGGGAGCAGCUGGUAGAGCGGUGCGCGGAGAAGGGCGAGCAGUUGGCGAAGUUGUUGCAGGAUGCUUUCGACGGCGCAGAAUAUGUGGCAGAUAUUCGAGGCCGCGGACUCCUUCGAUCUGUGGAAUUCAUGCUGGAUCCGAGGACCAAGACGCCCUUUCCCAAGGACACCGCGUUUGGGGCCAAUGUUCAACUCGCUGCGUUCGACUUGGGCGUUGCGGUGUACCUUGGUUCCGGAACCGUUGAUGGCAUAGUAGGAGAUCAUGUGUUGGUAUCGCCGCAGUAUACUGUGUCAGAUAAGGAGCUCGAAAUCACAGUGUGGGCACUGAAGAAGGCGUAUGAGAAGACGGUUGCGGGGUUGUACAAGGCCAAGCUAUAAAGACGUUGGUAGUUGGUUGAGUUAGAGCGGAAAAAGGGGUUUCUUGGUCUAUGACUGUACAGUGUCAACGAAGGUGGUAGCAGCAAUUGUUUCCUGUAUACAAGCCGGAAUUAUACUCCGAACU